ACUCUUCUCGUCACCCUCUCCGUCGACGUUACGUACGCAGCCGUGGCGUGCCUGCAAGCCAAAUAACAUGGAGUCGUCUUUCUGGCAUCUCCAAGGGAUCCAUGCAAAAACCUAAGCAGCGAUUAAAAGAGGAAGUUUCUCCAUGGGAGCAGUCAAACCCUCUUGCGAGCAUCGUCUCGGGGCGUAAAGCUUCAGCUCCGUCCUGAAAGUAUGACGAACGGUGCUUAAACAGCCAGCCUUACACUGCGAUUCGCAAACAAGGGCCGAUUUCAAAGAAGAGGAGGCUGCACAAUGUAGGCAGGCUGGUCACCAGUGGGACUCCAUACUGUUCUCUGGGGGACCAUGGAGCCAGAAAGACCCCUAACCCCAGGGACCAGUUAUGGGCCCCAAACCUUCACCUCAGCACAAACCUUUCUCAGCUGCACCUUACAGUCCUCAUGUUCUCAAAAUGUGAGAGAUGGCCUGAUGUCUACCAAAUGCUCGUGGGGCCACGCUGGAGAUGAUGGCUCCAUGCAGACUGAGGGCACUCAACCCAGUGCAGACCCAGGGAAGAGUGCACAGAGGAGAUUCAGGUCGUCAGCGUUUCCUUCCUCCCUAAGCUGGGACUCUGAUUCUGAGAAAGAAACACUAGAUGAGGAGGAGCUGCAGCACUUUUCUAACCCUCAUGGUCUGGCUGCUCACAGCCCAGGAUCUCCUUCUUCUGGACUCAGACUUGAUAGUGAAGAUGACCCAGAACCUGAAAAACUGCAGCACUUGCAUAGUAAAAGUGAUACAUCUACCCCUGUGGAGGGGCACAACGAUAACAAUGAGAGUGCAAAGACAGAAGAGCCAAAAACAUCUCAGCUUGGCCUACCAGAAUUGGCAGACAGCAAAGUCUGGAAUGUAUCUGAGGGAGCUGAGCUGUUUCUGUCCAAAGUAAAACCAAAGGAAGUUUGCCAAAUGGAGGAGGAGGCAGACAACAGUGAGGGAGAUGAGGGAGAGAAAAGGCUCAAGGGAAAGGAAACCAAGGAGUCUGAGAGAGAUGUGUACUCCUUCCCUGGAGACUCAGACCCCGAGAGUCCCCCUCCUGCCCCUUGGGCUCAUUGCACAUUCAUUCAGCGGUGCAGAAAGAAGAGAGUGCUACUCAGGCCUUUCUCUGGACUUGGCACGUUGAAGCGCACAUUGCCUGAGACUGGCCAGCAGGCAGAAGUGAGUCUUCAAAAAUCAAAAACCUCUGAGAUGGCACAGCUGAAUCAAGGUGGAGGGGUUUAUGAUUUUGAGGAAGGCAGCUUUGGAGAGGGAGCAGUGGAAGAGCCAAUAAAGUUCAGAGACAGAGGAGGGAAAAGAGACGAAGAAGAAGAAAGUAAGGUAGAGCCAGGUAAAGAAAUUUUCACCUGUGUGGAAUGUAGCAUUUACUUCAAAAAGCAAGUCCACCUGCAGGAGCAUAUGGUUGAGCACUGUCAAAGUGGUUCAGGGGGUGACAGACGUUUAGGAAAGAGCAGUCGUUUUCGAUGUACUGAGUGUGGAUGGAACCUGCCAAAUCGGCUUGCACUGGCAGACCACCAUAAAAGGCACCAGGAAUCCCGUCUGAAGAUUCUGGAGGAGAUUGAGAAACUGAAUGAAAAUGGGAAGGCAAGAGAGAUUCAGAAACUGGACAAUAAGGUGGUGAAGCAUAUAAGCCCAGACCCAGCUGUUAUGCAAGAUGCAAGCCCGGUCUCGAUUCCAGGCAAAGGGUCAGACCCAGAAAUAGUCACAUCUCCACCUCUAUCCCCAGCCCCAGUUUCUUCACUAGAAGCAGACCCAGCAGUUGUUCACUCAGAUGCAACUCCUCCAAAUUCAGUUCGAUCUCCAGCUCAAGCCCGAGCUGUCUCUGCUUACCGCCGUCGCUUUUUCUGCGCCAAGUGUAACUUCAGCACAAGAACCUCCCAGGCACUGGCUAACCACUCAAAGACUCACAAUAGAAAAAAACCCACUCUCCAGGCUGUCUCCCCACCUCCUGGUUCACCAUCAUGUCUAGCAUCCACUUCCCUGGCCUGCGGUCAUUGUGCCUUCCUAACCUCAAAUCAAACCGUACUGAGGGAACACCAGAAACUCGUUCAUCCAGGACAGUUCUCCAUUAGUGGAGGACAGGCGGAUGAGACUGUCCAGCAUUCAAAGGCUAAUGUGGGUGCUCAAAUUUCUAUACCCAUCCUUGAUUCUGACCACCUCUCUGGAUCUGGAUGCCUGCCCAAUGCAAGUCAAGGCAAAAGCCAGCAAGUAGUCACUGCCUCUGAGGACAGCACAACAACAGACAGCGCUGCGCUUCGGCCCGCAAGCCAAGUGGUCUUCAAGUGUGUAAGGAACAGGAGAUUUAGCAGGAGAGGAAAGGCUUGGACUGAUUUGGCCAAGUUUCAUCCCAGACUGGAUGAUGACAAACUGCCCCGGAGGGAAGAAGAAGAGGAGGAUGAAUAUCAGAGCACAGAGCUUGACACUGAACUGUCACAACAACAGGCCAACUUACCUAGAGGAGUGAAACGGCACACCAGAGCACGAUCCAACAUAGAAGACUGUUCAGCACAGCAGAGUGCUACGUUAUCACUCCCGCCUAAGAAGAGUGUGAAGGAUGAAGGCAAGCAGGAAGUGGAGAAAGAGGGAAAGGUUUUCUUUUUGAGGAGGAGCACCCGGGUUACUGCUGCUCCUGCAGAAACUGACAGUGAUGACGAUGACGACGACAUUGAUGAGGAACGUGUUCGACAUUUCCUGUCAGAGGGCAUCUUGGAUGAAGACAAAGAUGAGACUGAUGAAGACGCAGAGGCGCUUAAGAGUGUGGAGAGGAAAUGCCCCUACUGCCCGGAUAGAUUUCAUAAUGGCAUUGGGCUUGCCAAUCACGUGAGAGGCCACCUGAACCGAGUGGGGGUCAGCUACAAUGUGCGUCACUUCAUAUCCCCCGAGGAAGUCAAUGCGAUUGAGAAGAAGUUCUCCUAUCAGAAGAAGAAGAAAAAAGUUGCCAACUUUGACCCAGACACAUUUAGUGUGAUGCACUGUGAGUUCUGUAGCGCUGGCUUUGACACCCGGGCCGGUCUGUCCAGUCAUGCCCGGGCCCACCUCCGCGACUUUGGCAUCACUAACUGGGACGUUACCAUCUCACCGAUCCACAUCCUGAGGGAGCUGUUUUCCAGCAGGCCCGACCUUGUAAUCCCCACAGCUCCCCCUCGGAGCCUCAGCUCACCACAGGAGGAGGGUGAGGAGGAAGAGGAGGAAGGGGAGGGAAUCACUCAGGUAAAGCUGGAGGGGGAGACAAGUGAAAGGAAGCUGAGUGCUGCCAUUUCUGAUGCGCUGCCUUCAGCAUCUCCUCAACACUGGAAGGAGGAGCACGGUGGAGAAGAGUGUGAAGAUAUUGUGUUUUAUGUUUCAGGGGAUGAGGAGGAAGCAGCUGAGGAAGACGAUGAGGAGGAGCUGCAGCUUCCAGCUCUGGAUGGUCUAAGCUCCAGCCCCAGAAAAACAGGACUGUGCAGCGUGGACACAGACAGCCUAUCUCCCGGGGAGGAUGCAGAAACCAAGGUCCACAAUUUAAAGUGUGAGGUGUGUGAAGCUCAGUUUGAGACCAGACGGGGACUGUCCAGUCACGCCCGCUCUCACUUGCGCCAGCUGGGCAUCGGUGUCUCAGAGAGCAGCGGGGCACCCAUCGACCUCCUCUACCAAAUUGCCAGGGAGCGCAACAUAGACAGCCAAAUAAGCUCAUCUCUUCUGGAGCCACUUUCAGCCAAGAACUCCUCCCCUCCUGUCCCUCAGAAAGAUGAGGAUUUAGAAGAUAUGGAUUUAGACGAGAAACCGAUCCCUCUCUCCACCCCGGCCAAAGGAGCAAAAGCAGUGCCACCCUCUUCCUCCUCCACACCAACCCCUUCCCCUGGUGCCUCUCCAGCUCCAUCUCAUUCUGGCUCCCCUUCCUCAGUAGUGAGGAAAGCCCCCAUUUCCUCUCUGCUGCCAGUGUCUUCCCCCUUGCGCUCCCCGGAGCACAAGCCUGGGGGAAUGAAAACCUUAACUUCUAACCUCUCUGCCCAUGCCACCAUCGCAACCAAACCCCUCUGGGCACCACAGGAGAAUGAUGCUCCUCUCAACCUCGCACUGGAGAUGGACCCCAACAAGGACAUUGUUUGUCAGCUAUGUGGUGCCUGGUUUGAGACACGGAAAGGCUUAUCCAGCCACGCGCGAGCCCAUCUGCGGCACUUUGGGGUGGAGUACUCUGAAUCCAAGGGCUCUCCCAUUGACCUCCUUAACCAGCUCAUUGAUACAGAUGACUUCAAGCACAAAGCCAAUGCAUUGCAGCUUGACAGCCACACAGAACCACGGGGCCUCACCACCACACUCUCCUCCCCAAAGCAGUCCCUGAUGAGCCUCUCCUCCUCUUCCCCUUCUUCCCUUCUGUAUAAGGUGACCACAGCUGGAGGUGGGUCAACAUCCAAAGCUACCUCUUCCUCUGCCUCGUCUUUACUUGGCCCGCCUGCCAAGCGUCUCAAGUCCUCUUCCAUGCAGGUCUUCCGCCUGAGUAGUGGGGAGCUCAUGGCCCUGCCACACAGUGAACCCCCAAAGGAAAUAGGCUGUGAGUUCUGCGGCGAAUAUUUUGAGAAUCGUAAAGGGCUCUCCAGCCAUGCCCGCUCCCACCUGCGCCAGAUGGGCAUUACUGAGUGGUCUGUCAACGGCUCCCCAAUUGACACCCUGAGGGAGAUCAUCACAAGGCGGGGCCUGCCCUGCGCCCUUCCUCUAAAACCUCUCAAAACUCCACCUCCAUCCUCUCCAGGACCCCCUCGUUCCCCUCUGUCAACCUCCUCGUCUCCUUCAGCCACCCUCCUCAGUCGCCUCCCCUUCGCCUUUGCCCGCCCCUCCAGUCCUCCUCCGCCUGCUGUAUCAAAAUUGAGCUCAGCUCCACAGACAUCUUCUAGUGCGCUAAUCAUCAAGCUGAAGCCUGAGCCAGUGCAGCUGGAGGUAACCACACCUGGAGCUGUGGGGAGAUCUGGGGGCUUCUCUACUGAACCUCUCAGCUGUAGCUGGAGCAGCUCUGACAAUGUGUUCCCCCUCAACUUGGCCAUGGCCCAUGAAGUGGAGCCUACAAGGGAUAUUCGCUGUGAGUUCUGCGGGGAAUAUUUUGAGAACCGUAAAGGCCUCUCCAGCCACGCCCGCUCCCACCUGCGCCAGAUGGGCAUUACAGAAUGGUCUGUCAACGGCUCGCCCAUCGACACUCUGAGGGAGGUUAUGCACAAGAGAGGGGUGGGCGGCUCCUCCCACUCAGUUCAGGGAGUGAAGAAGGAAUCGAGCCAGGGAGCAAAGAGUCCCCGAUGGGAGAACAAAGGGGGUGCCAGCAGUUCAGAGGGUUUAGGCGUUUCAGGCUACCAGUCGUCGAAAUUCCGUAAAUCUCCACUCAGUUUGCUGCAGUCAGGGUCAAGGCUCCAUAAGCAGGGCCUGGGGUCUGUGGGCCCAUCUACUACCCCACCUGCAGGAAAGCUUUUCAGGAUGUCCUCACUGGGGAAAAGGCCUCUGUCAGAAGAGGCCCAGCCAGUGGAUAGUUCACAUUCACCACCACAUCAGCUUAAGACUUUCUCACCUCUGCCACAUGAUUUCUCCUACAAAAGAAAACCCUCCCCAGACAAGCAUGGACACCAGGAUCCCAGCUGUGAGUUGUGUGGGUUCUACUUUGAGAACCGUAAGGCUCUGGCCAGCCACGCACGAGCCCACCUGAGGCAGUUUGGUGUGACUGAGUGGUGUGUAAAUGGAUCCCCUAUCGAGACACUUAGCGCUUGGAUGCGCAGCAGGCCACAGAAGGUGUUGGAGAUGCACCGUAGCUACAUGCAGGGGAACCGCUCUGCCCUCAAGAAGAAGAACAGCUCACCUCUGACUGCAUCAUCGGAUUCUGAUUAUAUCCUCCCCAUCUCAUCACAGAAGGCCUCUUCUUCCUCCUCCUCCCAGUGGUCUUCUUCUUUGGCUGUAAGCCUGGUGCGACCAAUGAGCCGUGAGGUCAGCCAGGGCUCUUCCAAGACCACAGAAGGUGAAGCUGGAACCAACCUACAGGCUGCUGCCAUCAGGCCUGGCCGCAGCAGUCCCAGUCCCUCACAGCUUGCCAGCAGUCUCCCACUUCAAGCACAGGUGGCACGUAGCGAGCUGAAUGUCCGCCUGCCCAGAGGUUUUGAGCGUCGACCCUUGAAGCACCCGUCUUGUCCAGACGGAACAGAAAGAGACAGUGGUCCUACUAAGCCUCCCCGCACAGGCACCGUCCCAGCCCUUGUGCCCAAACCACCCUCCUACCCACUGGUCAAGCUGGUGGGUAAAUUCUACACCCUGAAGUGCCGGUUCUGCGAGGUGGAGUUUCACGGCCCGUUGUCAGUACAGGAGGACUGGAUCAGACACCUCCAGCAGCACAUCCGCAAGAUGAACUACAGCAAGCCUGCUACACCCAAAGCAACUUCCACUGAACCCCCUGCCCCAGCUGAUGACCCAACACCAGUCCAGGCCUCUGCCCCAGCCUCCACCUCUACCUCCAGUACCACCUCUACCACACCUGCCCUCACCGCCACCCUGACCCGCACCACAGCUCCUAACAGCCGCUCCACUACACCUCUGGCUGAGUGUGCUCCUACCGUCACUGCCACAGAGAUAGCAAACGUAUCAGAGGAGCAGUCCAGCCUAACUCCGACUCCUAUACCUCUCCCUACCCAGAUGGUGUAACCUCAAAUUCAUUGCUCACUGUCAUUUUCCCCCAUCUUGUUUUCUCCUGCCUUUACACUUUUUGUCCAUCUAUUUCUUUCCUUUGGCCUUCACAAAGUGUUGUUGUGGAGGAGUGUUUCCCCUCCAAAGAGCCCUCUGAGCCCCAAGCACCUUUGAAAGAGCUUUCUAGACUGUUAAUAAGUCCCGUUACCAUGGGAAUGAAGCUCUCCUGGCUUAUCUGCGCACUGGGGAUUGUGGGAACUGUCCAAGGUUAUGAGGAAAGAUGAACUAAUGUUUUUUGUUUGACUUGUUUAAAUUGAAUGUCCAGGUGUUGAUUUGGACCGUUGCUGUACCUCUCCUCCCAUUCCCUUGGCGAUUUAGGGGUUAAUGUAGUCCUUUAUCAAACUUAUCUGAGAUUAAAUGACAUUUAUAAUCAUGGUAGUCUUGUGAUUUAGACUUUAAACAUGUGGUAACACUUAGUGUUAAAAAAAGGCACUUUUAACAGUGACAUUGUCAUUCAGCACUUACUAAAACACCCAUUUAAAUGGGUGAAAUUUGACUAAUUCCGAUUGGUUAAAGGAGCAAGAAGUGGAAGCACACCCAAAAAGGGAUAUCCCCUUAGAUAACUUUAUAAUGUAAUGUAAUACUUUCCCCAAAAUAUACAUUUUGCUUGAAUGUAGCUUAAAGCACCUAAUAAUACUUUAUAUGCACACAUUCAAACACAAUUAAACAUAUGCCCCAUGUUACUAUGCCAUUGAAGUUUUACCUUUCGUGAUGUUGCUACUCCACAUUUUGCUGUUUUCAGCAGAUAGGGCUGCUGUUGUGUUGAAGGCACAGUUGCUUUUUAAUCUUUAAGAUUUUAGAAGUGGGGCCAUAGAAAAUGUUCAAGGUUACACAUUUCAAGUUGCUCCAUUCACAGUGUUGCCAUUUUCUUCCUGCCUUUUUCAAUGUAACCCAAAUUAUUAUUUAUUUAUUAUUAUGCAUCUGAAUGUGGUAAGCUAGGUCAUUUUAAAGCUAAAGUAGAUCUUUAGAAUGUUUGAAAAUAGGUCAGCGGUGCACUUUUAAUCUAGUGCACAAUGUGAGUGUGUUUAUUUUGUAUGUUUGUAUACAUACAUAGCAAAUGUGCAUUUUUUUCCCAUUUUAAAGAGAAAGACAGAAGUAAAACUGCUUGAUAGGAAGACAACUUGUUAGCUCAAAAUGAACUAAAUUUGGGAGCCUGUCUGUAUGUAGUCUGAUCUGGACUUAUAUGCAUCCAUCUCUGUGUUAGGAUGUGCCAAAGAGUCUGUUUACUUCCUUGUCUUGGCUCUGUAACAGCUGUUUACAUUGGACCUGAUCGUGGGGGAAACUGCACAGCUAUCAAGUUCCCCAAGGCUCCACACUGAACGGUUGACUGAACCAGUGGUGAUCUGUAUCCACUACAUUCACCGCCGAGUUCCCUCAGUUUCAAAGACUCGGGCUACUGCAGCAGCUUCAUGGGACUCAUGUUGUUACUGUAGGUUUAGAUUAUACCAAUUAAACAUGAACACAAAUAAAACUUGAUUUCAAGCAGGGCUCUUGAAAACUGUCAGCCCUCAGUCCAAACACAGAAACGCAUCUGACCUUGGGCUCCUGAGGCUGAAGUUUGCGAUCUGUUUCUUUCUACAUUGCUUCAGAUUGUGUUCAUAUCAACCGAGAACUGAAGCAAUAACUAAAGGGUCCAUAUAGGCUGAUGACCUUUUUAAGUUUGUUCCAGUGUUUGAAACAUGACUGUUCAAUCUAAAAGAUACCCUAACCCUUUUAUGGAGUAUAGACACAUACUAUAUAACUACAUGUACUUAAGAAACUGUUGAUGCUAGUAGAGCCUUCAGCAGUUCUAAUAGCAAAGUAGUUAAAAAAAAAAAAAAAAAAAGAUCUUAAUUCCUCUAGUGUGAUUUGUUUUCAACCUUUGAUGCUAUGCUUUUUUUAUUGCUCUGUGCAUUUCUGUAUUUGCAGUCCUGCAAGGUGAAUCUUAGAGUAUUUUUUAUUUUUAUCUGUUAGUCUCUCCAAGCUGAAACUGGUGCUGGUGAGAAUGUCGCAGGUCAGCGAGACGGCGAGUGACUGAACGUGAGGAAAACAUUUUAAUGUGACUGUCACGUCCUGGUAUCAAAAGACUCUAAUAAGCAGGCCUUAAAGGGGACCAUUUCGCAGGGUGAGAUAUGAUCCUCUCUCUGCAUUCACAGAAUAAUAGAAAGUAUAGCCUCUCACAGGUCUGUGGCUGCAUUACUGUGUGAGAUGUGAAUUAAGAGGCUGGUGCAUUAGAGUUCCCUUUUAAGAUUACCUGAAUAAGCCUCAGCUGGUGUAACUGGCUGUUUUGUGUGUGUGUGUGUGUGUGUGUGUGUGUGUGUGUGUGUGUGUGUGUGUGUGUGUGUGUGUGUGUGUG